CAAUUGAAAAGAUAAAUGAAGAAAUACGGGUCUUUGAGCAGGGUUCAUUGGUGCACAAACUGCAAAAGAAUAAGAUGUUAGAGAUUAACAGCUUGCCAGUUCACCUCGCUAAGGUCAACAACAUGUUUGCCAUUGCACCGUCUUGUCCCCAAGUUUCAAGGAUCCAAGGAUUUCCAUCAGUACCUCAAAGCAAAGCCAAUAUGAUCAGUUUGCGAGCUUGCUGCCCAAAGGCUUCAUGCGCGAAAGGAUUUGCAUCCAUCACUACAGGCCCAGUGACAAGGUGGGUGAAUGAAACCAAGCCCAUAUUAAUCACAACUAACAGGGAAAAGGCAGAGCACAUUUUUAAUCUUUCUGGACACAAAUACAGCCAGAACAACAAAGUGAGAAUGCUCACUUCGUGCCCUAAAAAGGCCAUAGUCCAUGGCUUUCCAUCUGCUCACAUAAUUAACAAAGCACCAGAUAUGGUGAGCUUAUACACAUUAGCGCCCUGCGUUUCUCGUGUCCCAGGAUUCCCAUCAGCUAGGAUGCUUAGCUUUGACGUUCGUACACAUAACCAUUCUUCCAUUUUGUUAGUGGAGCAGAAGAAUGAGAAGGAGAGGAUUACCAUUGCCAGUUAUGCAUCAGAAAGUCACAAUUAUACACCAGAGAAAAUUAUGCAAAUGCUAUCACUAGCUUCAUCAAGUCCACAUCACACUAGAAUUCAUGGCUGUCCCAGUAACUCCAUCUUGGAUUCAACAUGGAGGGAAAGUGGAGAUGAUGAAAAUGAGUCAUACGAAGAAACCCAACGUGUUGCAUAUGAGGAAAGUUUCCGAGGCACUACAAGUCAAAGCAUGGGUUCAUUAUAUGCUAACGGCAUCACAAAUGGAGUAAAAACACAACAGAAACAAAUAGAUAUAUCAGAGCCAGACGGAAUCUCAGGCUGGGAAGUACUGGAGCUAGAAGGAACAUUGACUGGAAAACAGACAGAAUCUUCCUUAUCAGCCAAAGAGGAUGAUACUUCAGGAUUAGUACACACUAUUGUGGGUGUUCUUCAUAAAGGUUAUGAAACCGUAGCGUCCAUGUUGGGGCCGUCCAGCUCUGCUGUGGAUGAAAGUCCUCUCCAACUGAAAGCUCUGACUGUGAUGCCUUCGCAUGAUGAGGUGUCACAACAGUGUUUUGUCGACACAAGAAGCAUACAGGAGCUUGUUCCUGUUGAUAACCACUUUGAGGACUGUGGACCAUGUCCUUCUGCUGAGAAACCACUACGAAAUGAAGUGGUUCCUCCAUCACCAGAUGCACACAGUGAUGAUGGCUUUUUGAUGUGUGUAACUAUGAAGAAAUGGCCACCAUUGACUGAGGAAAACUUGGCUGGGACGUCAGUGGAGGAUAGAAUUAAGAACAAUCAAUGUCCUACAAAUGACCACGACUUACCAGUGUCCACUGAAUGUCUGUUAGUCAGCCACCAGACUGCCAGUGAUCUUCCAACACUGUCCAAACUGGAUGUAGGCCCUCAAAAAGCAAGUUGUGAUGAAAGCACCCUCCAUCCUUCAUUAAGUCCAUUAUUGGCUGGAAUUCUCAAAGACGCAACCUCAGAUGAUGAGAAUUUUUGUACAGUUAUUUCUCAGAUGAACACAACUGUGGAAGACAUUCAACAAAGAGAGUGUGAACUACAACGGCCAAAGCACAAACAGAAAAUAGAUGGUCUGUCUGAGGUUGUUCAAACCCAGUCUUGUGCAAUAACAUCCACACCACCUACCACAUACUUUUCUGUUUCUUCUGGUAGAAGCCUACCUGUAGAUUUGGCUGAAUGUGUCCAUCAACAACAACUGGAUAUUGAAAGUGUUGACGGUAGUUUUCCUCAGAAAAGUGUCCCAAGCAAGCCUGUGAGAAGAAAAGAGCGUGUCACCACUGAAACAGCUAACAAUGAAGCGCUUCCUACUACACCUGUAAACAUCAAACAAGGUUAUUGUGAAUCGGAUGUCCUACAGACAGACACAGAAAAGAAUGAGAUUACUCCAUCUGUCCAGGGUCAAGGGUCUUUCUCUUCCAAAAAAAAGGAACUUCAAUACGUCGCACCAAAACAAGAGCAGCUUUAUGUCAAGCAACAUGAGUCCUUCUCCAUUAUCAAAAUGAUUGGUCCUAAACAAAGUGGCAGGAAAUGUCAACCCAUCCCAAAGCCUCGUGCCAGGAAAUGUUUGAGUGGCUUUUUCUCAGAUGACAUCACAUUAGCAGAACAUGGAAAACCUCAGGCUACAGGAGAUGAAGCCUCUAAAUGGAAAGCGGAAGUGUCAGUGGUGCACUUGACGAAAAGCAGACUACAAGAAGUAGACAGUACAUCAGGACCCUCAAUAUUUCCUAUACCAAAACCAAGGAUCAAGAAUCGUCUUAGUGCUUCAUUUUCAGAUGUGACGACACUUUCUUCCUUGUUCGACGCAGCCGCUGACAUCUCUGAAAGACAACUUGACCUAGACCAACACGACCAGUCAAGCUGGCCUGUUCCGCUGCCUCGAGCUAAGAAAUGCACACCACCUGCAGAAACCUUCUGUACCUCAUCAACUUCUGACGCCUCAACAAAGAAAGCAAGUGUAGUUGGAUCAACAUUGCAUGAUCCAAAAUAUGUGUUUACAUUUAAAGAGGGGCAUGGAAAAGAAUACCCACAUACUGUCUCUGAUGUGGUCCAUGGCUGCAAGCCAAGCAUGGACAUCACUUCGUUGACCUCCUCUGAGGAUGACAUAUUGCACCAUAAAGACAGUGAGUCAGUUAAGUCCGAGAAAAAAGUGAAGAUUGAAGACUUUGUGUCUGUACAUGCUGACAGGGACACUUUGCACUUAAGUGACAGCAAUGCCGAACAAAUAUCGACUCCAACAAAACUUCAGGAUGGCUCAGCCCCUCCAGAAAAUGUUUCUGGCAGUCCAAGCUUGGUAAAAUCCAGUCAGUCUCUACUCGAGUGGUGCAAGUACAUCACUCAGGGUCACAAAGGGCUAAGGAUCACCAACUUCAGCACCUCGUGGAGGAAUGGUCUGGCUUUUUGUGCCAUUUUGCAUCACUUUCACCCUGACAAGAUUAAUUAUGAACUACUAGACCCAUAUGACAUCAAGCACAACAACAAAAAGGCAUUUGACGGUUUUGCUGAGCUCGGCAUUUCCAGAUUGAUGGAGCCAUCAGACAUGGUCAUGCUGCCAGUGCCUGAUCGUCUCAUUGUCAUGACGUACCUCAGCCAGAUUCACGCUCAUUUCAUGGGCCAGGAGCUUAGCGUGCUUCACAUUGACAAAGACGCCAGUGAGUCCAGCUAUGCACUAACUGCGGAGCGGGAAGGCCAAGAGGACACAGAAGCGACCGUACGCUACUGUGCCCAGAGGCUUCAGGAGGAGGGCAUUACUUUGGAGACCAACGGCUCCACCAGCUCAACCGAAGAAGGUCAAAGCAACAUGGAUGUUCCUCCAACGCCCAGAAGCCAAUGCCCACAAGUGUUGUCUGGGGGCUGUGACUCCCCAUCACCCGUCGUACCGCCGAGGACUCACUUCCUGUCUAAGUCUACUUUCUCUCACGUUAAAGAUGCAGAUCUGCUCAGGAAACGCAGGUCUCAGAGGAGGAGCGCGUCUCAGGAGGACGCACACUCUUCAAUGGCUAUUGCUGAGCAAGAAGACAGUGAAGGCACUACAACAGAAAUGAUAGUGUCAACAGUGGCUGAGGAGGGAAGGCCAGAAGGACAGGACCCCAGCCAGUAUGUUUUAAGUCAAAUGGAAGCCCUGGAAGCAGAACAAAACCACAUAGAUAGCAGAGCUGCAGUUGUGGAGAGGAGUCUCAGACAACUCAUGGACACAAGCAGUGACAAGGUGCAAGAGGAGCGACUUAUUCAAGAAUGGUUCACACUGGUCAACAAGAAGAAUGCAUUGAUAAGACGACAGGAUCAUCUGCAGCUGCUGCUGGAGGAACAUGAUUUGGAAAGAAGGUUUGAGCUGUUAACCAAAGAGCUGCGAGACAUAAUGGCCCUUGAAGAGUGGCAGAAGACAUUGGCCCACAAGCACAGGGAGCAGCUGCUGCUCCAGGAACUGGUGUCACUGGUCAACCAGAGAGACCAGCUGGUCCACAGUAUGGACGCCAAGGAGAGAGGUGCUCUUGAGGAAGACGAGCGCCUGGAACGAGGCCUGGAGCAGCGCAGGAGGAAGUACGCCCAGCAGCAGCAGGACAAGUGUGUGAUCCAGUGAUCUUUACAAAAGGCUGUGGGUGGGUCCAUGUGGCACUUUGCUGUCAUAUUGCUGCCUCUUUGCUCCUGUCUUCAUGACUACAGAUUUAUAUACUUUUAGGAUGAGUUAUUUUUCAAGUGUUGUUGUUGGGAAGUGCCUUUUAAGACCGUGAACAAGUGACUCCAUUUUAAAUGUACAGUUUUAUCCUUUGACUUUCUGUAAGUCCUUUUAGUGCCAAUACAUCCACACAAGAGUGGAGAAGCAUAGUAUACAACUUACAACGAAACAUUGCAUGUGACCUCUCUUGUAAAAGCCAGCAUAGUUUACAGUGUCCUUACAGGAAUAUUGCUGCUUCAUAAUUUUUGAAUCGUUGAUUGGAUGCCUGUAGUUAAGCGUAAUCACCAAUGGAUGGCACCAAAAGCCACAUUUUCUGUUAAGGGACAUGCUUUGUUGGAAAAGAUUAUUAUACAAGGGACAAGUGGUAGAAAAUGGAUGGAUGGACUUACAUUUCCAUUAAUACGCUAAAAACCUAUAUUGGAUGACUUUAACUUAAAAAGUGUAUACCCAAAGUACAGUAACUGUUACAUAAUAUAUUUAAAGCUUUAUUUGUAUUGUGCCUUGUCACUGUAAAGUGAAAAGGGAUCUCUUUCCUUUUUAAUGUGCCUUUUUACUACUAGAUAUCGGCUCAAACAACCUGGCAUCAAUUUUUUUCCCAGUUUGUAAUUGUCUAUUCAUGGUUUUGGGAGCCUUUUGUAGGUGCAGAAUUUGCAAAGACCAAGUGUUAACACAUUUAGGUUUAUUAUGUUACCAUCGACAGCAGCCUAAAUCACUUUCACGGCUGCAAACAGGAGGAUAAGGGCAAGGAAUGCCGUAUUUAAGUUGUCUUUAAUUUAUUGCUUUCUUUUAAGAUUUUACUAUUUAUUCAAUUUGUCGCCUGCAGACGUGUCUUUUUUUUUUCCCUCCGAACCCAAAUUAUGCACUUGUUAUUGCUGCAUUGCACCUUAAAACAUGACAUAGGAACUGCAGUCGUACAAAUGAUGUACAGUAUGUAUGAAACAUUUGGAAAGCAUCUGGAAAUAGCAAGUUAUAGAUACAUGCAAGUCAGGAUGCUCUAAAAUAGGACUAGUUUUGAAUGAAAGAAGUAUUCCCUAUUGUCAAAAGUUUUUUGCAGUUAUGCUUGUUGUUCAAAAGAGUACUGACUGUUACUUUCAGGUUGUUUUCAUCCUUCAUAUGCACAUUUUGUCACGUUUGGAAAAGAUUUCAGUGCCUGCACAACUGCAAAUUGUUUGCAUUAAAUAUAUCUAUUUUAGUGUGAUUUUUGCCUUGUCCAGAGUGGUGGAUUUGAUUGGCAGACACAAGCAUCAGAAAGUGGGGCUAACGAGACACAAUUGCACACAUUUCCCAUCAUGUGAGCUCUUGUUGCAUGGGUUUCUUUCCAAAGAAAUGGUGAAAUAUAAAAUUGCCCACAAAAAAGAGGAACAAUUAAAAGACCAUGUUUUUAUUUGGAAAAGAGGAACAAUUUAAAUAGGAUGUUUUUAUUUGGAGCUAUGUUUAAAACAUAUUCUGGGAGAAAGUUAAAAUGACUUAAUUAAAGCAUGUCCAUUUAUUUUCUUUUUUUGGACA